GUAAUUUGCAUUACACAGCACUUACUUGGUCAACUCUUCUAUCUCCUUAUAUAUUAGUUCUCAAUUCUCUUAGAAUUAUUCGAUCAAAAACAAAACAAAUAAUGGCUUAUUCUGACCAAAUUAGCCUCAACAAAAGUAUAAGCCAUGCCAAUUCCACAUCCAUAUUCAGUCAGGCCCGCCGUAAAUUAUCAUUUCGACGAAAGAAGUUACCGGUAAUUCAGCUCGGAGCUGGAGGGAAGAAGCACCGGCGAAGAUUCCUUCUAUUGAGGAUUUUCCGACGAGUCCGAAUAUUAAAGGGGCUGAAAUUGCACUACUCAAAUAUGGCGAAGAAAAUAAAAGAAUUUUAUUGGUCAGCGGUAAAUGACAUAUUGGAAGGGAACGAAGCAGUUGAUACAUUUCAUCGAGGGUUUGUAUUGCAGAGCUCUUUUGCUAUUCCAAUGUUGGGCCUUACCCCGAAUGCUUUUUCAAAUCGUAGUGUUAUUUGAUAAAAGUUAAGUAUCUUUCAAAAAUAAUCUAUCUACUUCCGUAAGGUAGGGAUAAGAUCCACAUACAUUUUAUUUUCUAAAUCGCACCUUUGGGGACUAUAUUGGCAAUAUAUGUUGU